UGACGGUGGAAGCGUUGUAUUGUAGGCUGAAAUUGCACCUUAUCCAAAGAUCUCCACUAUGGGGCCCAUAAGUAGGCCCAACCCAUAUUCUCAAUCAGAAAAAUAGUAAAAAAAAAAAAAUGAAGAACAACCUUAACUUCCAAAACCACCAAAAUCCCAAUUGCCUUCCGGCAAAAAUUCUAUCCAGAGCUCAAAACUAGAAAAAUGCUUCCUGCUUCUACUUCUCUUCUCCUCCUCCAACCUCUCAGCAUUCCCCAUCCCUCCCGUUCCUUUCUCUUUCUCCAAAAUCCUUAUUGUAUCCCUUCUGUAACCUCCCUAAGACCCUUCAACUCCAAAAGACUCCGCCUUUCCAAACCCCUCACUCUCUCAUUUGCUCUCACAGAAUCAGACUCUCCCAAAUCCCUUCAACCCGACCCCCAAAUCCUCCUCCAGGAAGUUGCUGACAGUUUUGAUCUUCCAUCAGAUUACUUUGAGAGGUUGCCGGACGAUCUUCGGUUAGAUCUAAAUGAUGCAGCCUUUGAUCUUUCAAAUGGACCUGUCCUCGAUGAGUGUGGUCAAGAGUUGGGAGAAAUAUUAUUAGAUCUCUCUCGAGCAUGGGAACUGGCUGAUACCUCAACUUCCUGUACAUUAGCAGGGAAGCUUCCUUUACUUGGAGGCUCUUUGCCUGACAGUGCAAAAUCAGCAUUUGGAAGGCGUUUAGUUUCUGCAGGAAGUAGGUUCCAAGCAAUGGGAGAGUAUGGUCAAGGUGAACUACAGAAGAUUGCAAAAGCAAUGAAUAAAACUGGAAGAAUUUUUUCUGCAACCUCAAUAUCUACCACAACUGUUGAACAAACAGAAGAAGAAACUAGGGUGCUGAAGUUUGGAGAAUUUCAGUUUGAAGUAACACCAGAGAAAGCUAAUACUGGAGCUGCAAUUGGUUUUGUUUUUGGAAUUCUUUCAUGGGGAGUAGCACAGGGCGUCCAAAGCAUUCCAGACGGCUCAUUUCAGUAUGCAAAUGACAAUGCCCUGCUUCUAGCUAAGUCUUUAAGAGGAGCUCUACUAGUGCUUUUCUACUCAUCAACAUUCUUGUCUGCUUUCACUAGUGUGGGACUUGUCUUACUUGGAAGACAACUCAAGUCGGAGGAUAGAUGACCAAGGAGUUGUCUUGCACCAGUUUUGCUUGUGAACAUCUUGAGUCAGAUCUAUUUAGACAAUAAUACCCUAGAAUCUCUUAGCAAGGAUGGUCCAAAUGAUCUGGAAGUAAUCCUGUACGUACACGACUAAAGAGAGGCUGUCAUCUUGUUCUCUGUUUGAUAAUUAAUCUGAAAUGAAUCUUGCUUUCUUUUUCUAUUGAGACAAUCUCUCCAACAGAGAAACAACCAUCUAAUUAUGUUAUGGCGCAACAUGGAAAAUGUAGCACUCCUUUGAUCAUGUAUUGUUAA